CAUAAAUAAAUAAAAUAAAUUCAACCCCUUUUUUUUUUAAUCUUUAAUUAUGCAACAACUUGGGAUUUGCCUUGAUAAUUUGGGUUAUAAUUAUUCUCGACACUUAUAUAAUUUUAAUAGCAAUCAAUUAUCAUCAAAUUAUACAGAGACAUUCACUUUAGAGCCGCUGUGUCAUUACUAUGAUGUAUUAAUUCAUGAUUCAGGAGAAAAAUCAGAAUUAUAUAAGCAAUUUCAACGUAUUAUAUCUUCUUCUAAUUCAUAUUAUAAUAUAACACCUUCUAUUUCAAAGAAAAGAGAAUUUGUUCAAAAUAAUGAAAGAAGAAAAUAUCUUUUAAAUGAAUUUAUCAAUACUGAAGCAAAUUACUUGAACAGUUUAAGGACAUUUGUUACUUUAAUCGUUGAACCACUUCGACAAAGAUCAAAAGAUAGACAUCGUGCAAUUAUUGGACAAUAUGAAUGUGCAAAUAUAUUUAUGAAUAUUGGUGAAUUAGUUCAAGUGACAAACGAUUUUUAUCAAGAUUUAGUUCGAUAUAAUCCAGAUACAGAUAAUUUUGGUGACUUGUGUUUAUCACAUGCGUACAUAAUGCUCAAAUCAUUAAUGAAAAGCAAAUGAAGAAUCCUCAUUAUGUUCAUUUUUUAGAGAAAGUAAAUACUAAUAAAAAUAAUGGAAAUCAAACUGUAUACGACUAUUUGGCACUACCUAUUCAGAGAGUUGGAAGAUAUACAAUGUACUUUAAAGGUAAAUAUAAAACAAUAAACCUAGAUAUACUUUAUUCGUAACAUACAUACACGUACAUACACACACACACAUACACAUAUAUAUACACACAU